GUCACCGAGCAGCUGGCGCACCUGGUGCGGGCCCUCUGGACCCUGGAGUACACCCCGCAGCACAGCCGCGACUUCAAGAGUAUCGUGUCAAAGAACGCGCUGCAGUAUCGGGGAAAUUCCCAGCAUGAUGCACAGGAGUUUCUGCUGUGGCUUUUGGACCGAGUUCAUGAAGAUCUCAAUCAUGCUGUAAAGCAGAGUGAGCCUCCUCUGAAGCCCCCAUCAGAGACGGAUAUGAUGCCUGAGGGACCAUCUUUUCCUGUGUGUAGCACUUUUGUACAAGAACUUUUUCAAGCCCAGUACCGAUCUUCUUUGACAUGUCCUCACUGUCAGAAACAGAGCAACACUUUCGACCCUUUCCUCUGCAUUUCUUUGCCUAUUCCUCUGCCCCACACAAGGCCUCUCUAUGUCACUGUAGUGUAUCAAGGGAAAUGCUCUCACUGCAUGAGGAUCGGUGUGGCUGUGCCUCUGUCUGGGACUGUUGCCAGACUUCGGGAAGCAGUGUCCAUGGAAACAAAGAUCCCCACUGAUCAGAUUGUGUUAACAGAAAUGUACUAUGAUGGAUUCCAUCGUUCAUUUUGUGAUACGGAUGACCUGGAAACAGUCCAUGAAAGUGACUGCAUUUUUGCCUUUGAGACUCCAGAAAUAUUUAGGCCUGAAGGAAUUCUCAGUCAAAGAGGAAUUCACUUAAACAACAAUCUAAACCACUUGAAAUUUGGCUUGGAUCAUCAUAGACUGUCUUCUACUACACAAACAACAGCAAAGCAAGGGAAAAUGGAUCCGCCGACCACCAGAGCAGGAAGCAGCAAGAUUGUUCUGUUGGUGUGUAACAGAGCCUGCACUGGGCAGCAAGGGAAGAGAUUUGGACUGCCUUUUGUCCUGCACUUGGAGAAGACAAUAGCGUGGGACCUCUUACAGAAGGAAAUCUUGGAAAAGAUGAAGUAUUUCUUGAGACCUACUGUUUGCAUUCAGGUGUGUCCCUUCAGUUUGCGCGUGGUCAGUGUCGUGGGGAUAACAUACUUGCUGCCCCAGGAGGAACAGCCCCUGUGCCACCCGACAGUAGAAAGGGCAUUAAAGUCCUGUGGACCCGGUGGUACUGCUCAUGUGAAAUUAGUAGUAGAAUGGGACAAGGAGACAAAAGAUUUCUUGUUUGUUAAUACUGAGGAUGAAUAUAUUCCUGACUCAGAAAGUGUCCGUCUGCAGAAGGAACGUCAUCAUCAGCCUCAGACCUGCACCUUAUCCCAGUGUUUCCAACUCUACACCAAAGAGGAGCGGCUUGCCCCAGAUGAUGCCUGGCGCUGCCCACACUGUAAGCAGCUGCAGCAGGGGAGUAUCACGCUGAGCCUGUGGACUCUGCCUGAUGUGCUUAUCAUACACCUCAAGAGAUUUCGCCAGGAAGGAGACAAGCGUAUGAAACUUCAGAACAUGGUCAAGUUUCCUUUGACUGGCCUGGACAUGACACCUCAUGUGGUUAAGAGAAGCCAGAGCAGCUGGAGUUUGCCAUCCCAUUGGUCCCCAUGGAGACGGCCCUAUGGACUCGGGAGGGACCCCGAGGACUACAUCUAUGACCUGUAUGCUGUGUGCAAUCAUCAUGGCACCAUGCAAGGGGGGCACUACACAGCUCACUGUAAGAACUCUGUGGACGGUCUCUGGUAUUGCUUUGAUGACAGUGAUGUGCAGCAGCUGUCAGAAGAUGAGGUGUGCACACAGACAGCCUACAUCCUUUUCUACCAGAGGCGGACAGCCAUCCCCUCAUGGUCGGCCAACAGCUCGGUGGCAGGCUCCACGAGUUCUUCCCUGUGUGAGCACUGGGUGAGCCGGCUCCCGGGGAGCAAGCAAGCCAGCGUGACCUCUGCAGCUUCUUCCAGACGCACCUCCCUGGCCUCACUCUCAGAGUCCGUGGAGAUGACCGGGGAAAGAAGUGAAGAUGAUGGUGGGUUUUCAACUCGACCAUUUGUGAGAAGUGUCCAGCGUCAGAGCUUGUCAUCCCGAUCUUCUGUCACCAGCCCUUUGGCCGUCAAUGAAAAUUGCAUGAGACCUUCUUGGUCCCUGUCUGCUAAGCUGCAGUUGCGCUCCAAUUCACCUUCCCGAUUCUCAGGGGACUCUCCAAUUCACAGUUCUGCCUCCACCUUGGAGAAGAUUGGGGAGGCAGUAGAUGACAAGGUCUCCAUCUCUUGCUUUGGUAGCUUGAGGAAUCUUUCUAGCAGUUACCAGGAACCAAGUGACAGUCACAGUCGACGCGAGCACAAGGCUGUGGGCCGGGCUCCACUGGCUGUCAUGGAAGGUGUGUUCAGAGACGAGUCAGACACCCGCAGAUUGAACUCCAGUGUUGUAGAUACACAGAACAAAAACUUAGCACAAGGGGAUCACUUGCCUCCAGUCUCUGAUCCAUUUGAUAACAACAAUCAGAUUGCUUAUGUGGAUCAGAGCGAUUCUGUAGACAGCUCUCCAGUCAAAGAUGUGAAGUCCCCGAGCCACCCAGGCUCACUCACAAAGAAACCAGAGAGCACAACCAAGAGAUCUCCUAGUUCCAAAGGCACUUCUGAGCCAGAUAAAAGCUUGCGGAAGGGGAGGCCAGCCUUGGCAAGCCAGGAUUCAUCUCUUUCAAGUACAUCCCCUUCUUCUCCUGUUCCAGUAAAAGUCUCUCUAAAGCAUUCCCGCUCUCGAAGCAAAGCAGAUUCAUCUUCCAGGGCCGGUGGGAGGCAUUCAUCCCCUGCCCCCGGUCAACUCAGAAAGGAGGCGUCCUCCAAGUCCCAGGACUCUGCGUCAUCUCCUUCGCCACAGAAGCAGAAGUCAGCUUCUGCCCUUGCUUACACUGCUUCCUCUACAUCUGCCAAAAAAGCCUCGGGCCCUGCCUCCAGGGGCCCCUUCCCACCUGGGAAGAGCAGGACUUCAGACCGGACCUUGAGCAGAGAGGGCUCCAGACAAAGCCUGGCUUCUGAUCGAGCCAGCAUCACCUCCAGCUCCAAACCCAGCUCUCCUCGGGUGAGCCAGGCCAGGGUUGGGGAGGGUAGAGGUGACGGCAGGCAAGUCCGGAGCUCCUCUAUGGCCAGCCUGCGCUCCCCCAGCAUGAGCGUGCGAUCUAGUCUGAAGAGAGAUAGCAAGUCUGAGGACAAGGGGCUGUCUUUCUUCAAGUCCGCCCUGAGACAGAAGGAAACCCGGCGGUCCACUGAUCUUGGCAAGACAACCUUGCUCUCUAAAAAGGCCGGUGGGAGCUCUGUCAAGUCAGUUGGUAAGAAUGUUGGGGAUGACAAAUCUGAGAAAGGCUUCCAGACUCCAGGCUCCCAGCAGCCAAAUGCACAUGCAGCUGGAAAGGAGCCUGUCUCCAAGGACCCUGCUUCUGCUAAACAUUCCUUGCUGUCUGCUCGAAAAUCCAAGUCUUCCCAGCUGGAUUCUGCAGUUCCUGUGUCUCCCAGUGGAAGGCAGUCUGCUGAGAAAGUCUCCAAGAAGUUACCUGCUAGCAUGCAGACCUCUGCACGGCCUUCUCAGAAACCUUAAUGAUAGUUCUGCAAUCCAAGUGUUUUAUCUGUAAAGAUGUUUAUUUAUUUAGAAGCUCCCCCUCCCACCAGAGUCCUUUAUGCUUUUGUUUUGUAUUUUUCAGGUCAUACGCCUGACUGUGCGUGUGUGUAUGUGUGCGCGCGUGUGAAUAUAUGAGGACAGUUCAAUUGCAAAUUGUUAAAAGCGUCGCCUUAUUCUGCCAUCGAACCAAAUAACAGCCAUAGGCAAAGCAUCGAUGCCGAGUGAACUGGAGUAAUUGUAGAUGUUACCCUGGACAGCCCUGUUAGCAAGUGUACCCAUUUCUUUCUAGAGAACUCUAAUGACUUUCAUUGGACACUAGGGUUUUGAAGCCUGUGAACCAGUUAAGCUAUCAUUAGUGCCCGGGACUUGACUUGGGUUUCAUUUGAGCAGGAUCUGCCCUUACCGGAAUUGUCAAGUGGCACCAGGAGCUCUAAAAACUGUGACGCUAACAAUAAAACAAGAGGGAAAAACUUGCUUUCUGCACUUUCACCCCAUCUACUAGUCUUUGUAAAGGGCAAUAUUUUAACACUAAUGUUCUCAGGUAUAAAUACUCAGCCAGUCUAGGAUGGAUGUGCAUCAGGAAAUGGAUUAAAGAGGAAGGUGACAUGUAGUUGACUGUAUCAUUUCUUACUGCCACAGAUAGACGUUUCAGAGGUAGACGCAAAAUCUUCCACUACCUUUAACCUGGCCCAUCUAGACACUUGGGAUAUGUCCUGAGGUGGCAGAUACGAUAAGCAGAAAGCCGGUCACUAGUUAAAUUACUUUCCUUCUACAUUUGCUAGCUAAGGCCAUUGGGAUCUUGAGGGUGUAGCAGAGCAGUUAACACCUUUGAAAGAUACGUGAAGGAGAUGUGUUCUAAACUGGAGGCAUGAGUUCAUACCGUUUUCUUUCUCUGGUGUUGAUUUUUUUCUUGUUAGAAGUUGAAGGCUCCAUGAUGCACCUUGUCUGCAUGCUUGUUUCCUCAUCUUGUACUUUAGAAAGAAACUGCCUCCUGCCAGGAAUCAGUGAGGGUGUGUGGAAGUGAUGUGUAGCAGUUCGGAUCCUGCCUGUGUCAGUCUUUGUGAAGAUUGCCUUUCAGUAAUUCAUUUAUGUCUUCUUUGUGCUGAGAAUUUCAUUUCCUACCGAGUACUUGCAAGCAGGAUUUGGAGAAUAUCCCGUCUGGCAUUGUCAGUAUAAACUGCAUUUCUUCUGUAGAAAAGGGGGAGCCUCAUAGAAAUAUCUGUUGAGCAAAAUCUAUACUUUCUCAGGCUUUAUGGAGGUCUCCUGGCAGUACUUUCCUGCUCAUGUUUUUAGCUUUUCUAUUUUUUCUUAAUUUUAAGAGCGUCAUAGUCCUGAUUCUUCUUGAAUAGCAUUUCAGUUUGCCAUAAAAUCUAGCAUGUUAAGUUAGUUCAUGUGCUUUACUUUUUUCUUUUUUUGGUCAUAGACUCUUGAAGUUCUUUCUGAAAUCUUGGUGCACAGAUCCGUUUGUCAUCACCCUUCCCAGUAUUGCUGUGUGUGAAGUAAUUACAGCACAUCCACAUACAUAGCUGUAAAUUCUGCACUGGCUUUCCUUUUUCUUUUCUUUUUUCCACCUCUUGGGAAAUAUUUCCAGUAGGUUGCUUAACUCUAUAUUGCUGCUGAUUUGAGCAUUAGCUGGUAACUUACUGCCUGCUCCGUGUAGACGCUGUAUGUAGGCCCGUUGCCCAUUUUGCUCAUCAUCCCUGUCCUCCACUGGGUUUGCCUGCAACGUUGGUGGCUUUCCAGAGCUGCGGUGCACUCUGCCGUGGUGUUAACAGCAGCUGGCUGGCUGCCUCCGACACUGUCAUUGCUUCCCACGCACGUUGACGGCCCCGUCAGUGUUGAGCCACCACUGACUUUCCUGUGUUGCUUGUAUUUCCUGAGAGAUCAGCAGAUGAGGGAGCAUCAAUGUGAGGAAUUGAAUGCGUAUCUCUUGAAUUUUUGAGUUAAGUCUCAUUUGAAAUUUCUUGAUAAUAGCCAGAGGGUUUUAAUAACACUUUUUUUUUUUGCCCUAGUCAGUUAAGCAUUAGUAGAAACUAGUUUAAUUUUCACAGUGGUAACCAUUUUAUUGUAGGAAUGGAUUUUUUAUUAUGUAUAAUGUCUUUUUUAAAAAGAAAACUCUACAGAUCAUUUUAAUUUUCCAUGGGACCUAGAAAAAAAUUUCUACAAUAAAAUAUAUAAACUUUGUCUAUGGAAUUUAGUCUUUGUUUCAGAUUUAAUUAAAUAGAAAAAAUCAGUAAGUAUUAUGGCAUUAUCUAGGAAUCAUUAAGCUAUUGUAUUUCCAUGGUUGGUUAACAAUGAAGAUUUCACUGCUCCUAACAACGAGGAACAAUUUGAAGCCACAGAAGAGGAUAUUUUGCCCCAAAGUUUGAAGGUGCUCUUUGAAAUGUGAAUUAUGUUAGGAACACUGUUACUCAGCUCAGUUCAGUUCUUUGUUAGGGUUAAAGACUUUUUUUUCCCCCUCCAGUGAUAGUUGGUGCAAUAAAUACACAUUAGCUUUAGGGUUAAAAAAUAAUCUGCCAGGGGCAGUAAGCCUGGGUUUCUGGUCAGCAACCAUAUGGGCCUAAUUAGUGCAGUCACUUCCUGUUAAGCACCAAGGAAUCACCACACUUCUGUAAGUGCCACAUAAUCACCAACUUGCAUUUGUAGUGUUUGCUUAAAAAAAAAAAAACCAAUAUAAACCUUUUUAUUCUUGAUUUCUUUUUCUGUAAAAAUGCAGUGCACUGAGGCUAUAUCAGUUCUUAAGACAGCCCUACACCUCUGUAAUCCCUUAGACAGUGGAAGCACAGAAACCAGUAAGCUCCUGUUGUCUCGGACUGCCUCCUCCCUCUUUGUAUUUUCUCAUUCUGACAGUAGCCUGACUGAAAGUAAUAUGCUGGUCCAAUAAAAAAAAGCAAAUGUGGGGAUCUUUCUUGUAUACUAAAAUGCUGUCAUUAUCUGUGAGGCUGCCUUAAACUCUUGAAGUCAUUCUUUAAUCCUUCAUUUGUUCUGCAAACAUUCUUGGAGGACCUGCAGUAAAUUUAGAGGCAAGCUGAAAGCUUUGGGGAUUUGCUUUAGCUGAGGAGCUCAGAGAACACAGCUAAUCCAGCAGAGGAUGCUCAUAAUAUCCUAAAGCGGCAAUGCUCCUUCUCAACAGAAAGAUCUAAUGGAUUCUGGUCAGUUGGCUAAGGCUGUGCUCCUCUUGAGCAUGUAUGUUCUGUCUAGAAACCAAAAGUGCCCUUCUUCAUCUCUGGAGAUAUUGCACUCUUUUAUCUACUAGUUCAGACUGAGCUGUCUGCUGUUUAGGGAUUGAAAAGUCCAUUAUAUAAUCACUGUACAUUAGAGUGUGUCUACCCAUGUUUGUAUGAGAUAGAUGUGUGGAUUUGUGUGUGUGUGUGUGUAUGUGUGUGUGUGUUUUGGGUGUCUUCCCUCUAAUGAUCCUCAGAAAAAACAUGAACAGUAGUGGCAGCUUUUAGGGAAAACGAAGCAGAGAAAAGCUGUGAACAAAAGCUCAUUUGUUUCAAACAACUUUUUAAAAAAGUAGAUGGACAUCAGAUGUUCUGUUUCAUUAUGACAAAUUACUGAACAUUCUGACAAGUUACUGUUUCCUCUAUAGAUGGUUGUUAUCAGAUAACAAAGAUACUUAGUGUUACUGGGCUGGAUUUUUGAGAUAGGAUGCAAAUUAUAAGCACAGAUUCAAUAAAACAUGUUCUGGAGGCACACUGGAGCUUAUAUCUGUAGUUGAGAAGGUCAAAAUUUGCUGACAAACCAGUGCCUAUCAUAAACACAAAACAUAGCUUUAGUGUGCAGGCUAUUUUGCCUUUAAUUUCGUGAAGGCUACAUUAUUCUUUAUCUGAUUACAUGUUUUGGGGGUGGGUCAUCCAAUGCUUUUAUUUAAAUAAAUAGUGUCUCAUACUGCCUUUGAUCAACUCCCAAAGUGUUUGUUUCUGUAGCUGCAUUUUGAGCAUGACCAAUUAUUUUUUACCCUUAGUAAUGAAAACAAUUUUGCAUGUCCUCCAUCUAACCAAGAAAGCAUGCUCUUCCUACCUAUGCAAACAACCAAUUUAAAGAAAAGACUAUACUAAAUGUUGUUUUAAGAACGCAACUCUUAGAUUAUGGAGCUCUAUUUUUGACUUUGUAAUUUUUAAAAUGUGGCUUAAUCAGUGUAGAUGAGCAUGAAUGUGACUUCUUGGUUUGCUUUAUGUAUAUUUCUCCUUACCAAUUUUUAAAAAAUCAUUGGUGAGAUUGUGUGUAAAAUAAAUAUUUUGCAGGCAGGGGUGAAAUUAGGUAUGUUGAGCAUACAUUGCUGUACAUACUGUAUUUAGCCUGAAGACUUUCCUAAAGUAUUUUGUUCUAAAAAUAACCUGCCAUUUUCUAUAGAUUUUAAUUUUUUAUAUCUUCUAGGGUUCUAUUGUGGUCACAAGGAACGAACGUGGCUGCGAAUAGUGCCAACAGUUUUAAAAUGCUUUUGUAGAGACUUAGAGCUGUUUUGGGAAGCUUUGGAGCUCCCCUCCCACUGAUCACAGUAAGAAUGAGGCCCUGAAACUCGCAGUAGUGUUGUACAGUGCAUUUGAGUCUAGAUCCAUCUGAUGCUCAUUUAAAACCAGUGUUGUCCGUUUUGGGAGAGAAGGAGGUUCAUAGCUGACUUGAGAAGCUGUUUCGAACCUCAUGCAUAUCCUCUCUGAGAUUCUCCUAGGCGUGUUCCGAGUGCCUCAUCUGUGGUGAUACCCAGCAUCUGCAAGCAUGAUGAAGUAAUGUUUGUGUCCCCGCCCAGGCUCCUGACCUACUUAGUAUAGAGGUGGGGCCCAGAAUCACCAUGUUUCUAACCCGCAGUCAGGAUUAAGAACCACUGUGAUACACCGUCCCCUUGCCGAGAAUUAUGUUGAGAAUCACUGCCAUACACGAAGUACUCAGCAGUGACCGCAAUUGCUCAGUUCUUCUGGAGAGGAAAGUAAAAGAAGAUACCAGUCUCCUGUUUGCAAUACAGAGUGUGGAGUGUUUUAUGGGUGGCUUGAUGGCAGCCAAGGUGGUGGAAAUGGGUGAUCUCAGUUGCUGGAGUGGACGGAGUCACAGAGGGGUCCUUCCCUGGGGCCAUUCUCCUGGAUUCUUUGGUGGGCCUGAGACCUAGGGGUGGGGGGACCACUCUAAGUUAGAAAAUGUGAAAGAAGAAAAUAGAAAACAGCCUUUCUGGCCUUGGAAACCUGUCCCUGCUUUUGAUAGAACGAUUGUCUUUUUGUAGUAAUGAAAAUAGCAACUCCCAGGCUACUGCUGAUUUCCUACUUAGCUCAUUCUCUCCUGUAUUCUUACUGGUCCACAAUGUAGUUUCUAGAAUUAUUCUUAGUUUGAAAAUGAAUAUGAAAUAUUUUACUUGGAAUCUUUUUUUCCCCCCUUUUGGUAAUUCUUGUUGCCAUUUUUUUCAUGUAAUUUUUUAAAAAGUAGUAUGCACCCCAAAAUUUGGCUAGUUUAUGUUAACCUAUGGAGGCAAAUGAAAUUUAAUUUUAAUCUGUGGUGAGCUGAAUGCACUACAACAUCUGCAAAUAAUUUGCUGUGCUCAGGUGGCUUCAUCCUUUUUGAGCAUUAUGCUGCCUACAAAUAUAAACACAGUUUACCUGGUAUGUUCACCAUUUUAAGAAAUAAAGAUAGAAGGGAAAAUCUAGGUUGGAAAUGCUUCUUUAGAAAGGCCUUCUAGAGCAGUGAUGGGUGUGACGAUUGUGAAGAUGCAGUAUGAGCUUUCCCAGGUGCUAUCCUACAUGGUGUGGUGUCAUUAUACCUCACGGAAAGACAGUGUUUCUAAAGUUGAAGUUCUCUGUGUGGGCUUUCAGAUACGCAUUUGUGUUUCAUAUGGGUUUGCUCACCAAUUGUGCCUCUCACCACUGGUUAAAAUUGAAUUCAGGCCCCAUUACCGAAACAGUUUCUUUCAUAUUUACACUGGAAUUUCCCUAGUUGUCUUAAAAGCUGCAUGUCAUGUCACUGUACACAAAAUGCUUUGGUAUUGUUCAUGCACCAUCGAAAAUUGUGUAUAAUGUUCUUCUUUAGUUGUACAAUAAAAUGGAAGGCAGGUUGUCUUUCCUAGGGGCUGGAAAAAAAAAGUAUCAUACAUUUUAAAUUAUUUUAGACUCAGAGCAUGAAAUGUCACUGACUUCUGUUAUUUAUUUGUAUGUUUUGUUAUUCAAGGUGUAUGCACUUUUAAGAAACAGAAUUUAUAUUUUUAUGUUUAAAACAUUUUAUUUCCGAAACAGCAGUUAUUAUAUAGUAUACAGUUGGAAAUAAGAGAAA